CCUAUUCGACAUAUGUUCUUGUGUGAAAACAACACUCCGCCAUGUUUUUCUCUCCCUCGCAUGCUGACAUGAUGGCUGACAUGGAUUUAGGACGAGCCAAUCUGGCACCGGCCCACCCGGGUUCACCCAGUUGUCAUGAUCACCGUGCGGGAGGGAGGGCCUUGUCUAAAUAAUAAAUACAUCCCUUGCCGCCCAGCUCAACUUUGAUUGAACUUUCUUCUGUUAGUGCCCCCCGUCCCUGCAGUUUGGUCAUUCGCGAAACCCCAUCUCGUUCUCGCCAACCAUGCCAGCAGACAGAACGCGAGGGAUAAAACGCACAGUCUCAGAGGGCGCUCAACCCCUCACUUGGGCAACGCCAGUCGAGGCGACCAAGGCUGCUCAGAGCAUCGCAUUCGCUCCCAAUCUCACUCCCGUCACCUUCAACGACCCUCCUCCGACCGUCGACGCCUCUGGUGAACCCAGUCUUUUCCCUACCCAGUCCUCAACCGAGUCGUCGACCGGCCGCCGACCUGGCCACGGCAAGAAGAAACCCGAAGACCACAUUCCCCGCCCUCCCAAUGCCUUCAUCCUCUUCCGAUCCUCUUUCAUAAAGAGCCAGCACGUCUCCACCGAGGUCGAGACGAACCACAGCACGCUCUCCAAGAUCAUCGGUCUCACCUGGCAAAACAUGCCGCACGACGAGCGACAGGUGUGGCACGCAAAGGCGAAGAAGGCCCAGGAGGACCACCGACGCAAGUUCCCGCAGUACGCCUUCCGCCCAACGCACGCCAAGAACAAGGGCGGCACUGCCGAGAAGCGCAAGGUGCGCGAGGUCGAGCCCAAAGACCUCAAGCGGUGCGCGAAGAUAGCAGAGCUUCUUGUCGAGGGGAAGAAAGGGAAAGAACUCGACGAGGCGAUCUUGGAGUUCGACAAGCACCAUAUUCGCGAGGUAGUCACCCGCUUCGAGGCACCCAUCACCGCACGCGCGUACCGCCGGUCGUCGUCCGCGCCCGUUGACGACGCCCAGUCGAAGUUGCCGUUCCUCUCCUCGGCACCGUCGCACCAUCGGAAACGAUCAUCGAGUACGCAGCCUCAGCUUCUGCAGCAGCUUUCUCCGGUUCCGUCGUCGUUGCCAGAGCACCCCGUCCCGGUUCCCAGCCCGGCUUCGUUGGAUUUCUACGGCGAAUCGCCUUCUCCCUCGGCUUCGUCACAUUCGGAGUAUUCGAUGUCCAUGCAUUCACACCAACAUGAUCUCGAUCCCUACAUGUUCAGCAUGCCCUUCGAGCACGCCGUCUCUCCGGCACCGUCGGAUUACCAGAACAUCCACUACCCUCAGCACCAGCAGAACGACGCUCGCGUCUGCACACCCAGUCUUUCUGUCGACACCUCCUUCUGCAGCGCUGGCGCUGGCGACUGGACACGCUCGUCCUCUCCUUACUCGAGCCUUCCCGCGACGCCACAGGCCUACUCGGCCCCGGCCAACUUCGCUCACGGGCAUCACGAGGACCCCUUCGGGUUCAACUCCUUCUCGCUCGACGCCUACUCCCACCAGGCUCAAGAAUCUCAGACAACGUACGGCUCUCAUUGCGGCGGCGCCUACGCUGCCUCGAUGCACGGAUACGCUGACAGCAGCGUCGGCCCCUUGGAUCCCUCACUUUUCGCCCAGGGCAACCAAGGACAGCAAGAAUUUGACUUCGAUCCGGCGAGAGCGGGACUGGCGCCCACGGACGAGGACCUCUCCGCGUUCAUGGUGUCGUUGGGGCGGUCUUUCUGAUCCCGGUCUCCUUGUUCUACCCAAAAUCUCCGCUCUCCCCUCCAUCCAGUUCCUCCCUGCGUCACGCGCCCCAUUCACACCCACGGUCUCUUUUGUUUGCUGUUGCUGCGUUUCGCGUUUCUUAUUCCGCCGUCGAUUCCGCCGUCGAAUUUGUCCGCUUUAGGCCUUCAUUCUCAGCGUUAUCUGUUCUCGACCCGUCUCUCCGCCCUACCGGCCCUCAAUUUCCGCUCGGUCUUUUCCUGAAACGAAACAACAUCUUACUGCCUACGCGUUUUAUUUAAAACGACCUAUUCAAGAUCUCAAUCAAGCCCCCGCGAUGUAUUUCUAUCUCUGUCAUUCCAACGGAAGCCCCAGCCCAACCCUAAGCCCAGCAAAUCACUCUAUCUCAUCAUCUCCACGCAUGCGUCUCCAUUCUGUUGUACCAUAUAUCCCACCACUAUCUUCGCGCGCGCUCCGCGCCUCCUUCCCGUUUUCCUUUUUUCAUCUUGUUUACUCACGUGUGGUGACAGUUUACUUCAUUAUCAGUGGUUCGCGACACCUUCAUCGACCAAAUGGAUUAAUAGUAUCCUUUCCUGUCUUUUCUCUUGCUUCCAUCGAAUCAAUACCCCACUUUUUAUUCGGUUUUUAUAGCUGUACAUAACCCCC